CCCAGAAAAAGAAGAAAGUCAUCAGUUUGUCAAAGAAGAAAGUACUAUUUUGAUAAUUGGAAGAAACCAAAACUCGAUAUUGUUUCUGGCUUGACCCUUGCACCAGUAGAUAAAAUAAUGAAUGAGAUUUUAGCUGAAGUUGAACAUGUUGAAAGUGAAGGUGAAAUUGAUAAUGUUAUAAGUGUAGAUAAUAGUCAGUGUGAAGAAUUUAAACAACUGAACGUUAACAAUUUAAAUCAACAUGUUCGAUGUGAGGUCGAUAAUGAAAAACUAUCUGGCUGGACAGCAGUUGAUAGGAUAAUGAACGAUAUUUUUAUUCAAGCUAAUGAAGGUGAACUGAUCAAUGAAGAAAAUGGUGUGCACAAUGAAGAAGGUGAUGUGGAAAAUAAAGACGGAGAUGUGGACAUUGCAGAAGGUGAUGCAGACAAUAACACAAGUGUAGAAGAAUUAUUGCAUACUAUCUUUGUCAACCAAAAUGUACAGCAUGAGGUCACUGCAGUGGCAACACAGACUGAUUCUCCUUCAUCAGAACUGUAUGAAUUUGAGCAAUUAGUAUGAAAUCAGAACUAAGUGAAAAUUAUAUACUUUAUAAAGAUUCAAAUAGGAUAAACAUAUUGGAGCCUUAUCAUGUUAAAGAUAAAACUGACAUUAAGAUUAAACUCUCAGUGGUUAUUGAUGCCAACUUUCUACCAAGGAUUUUCGUUCACAACAAAGAAAUUGGGAAGGACAAUAACAUUUGGACCGGACUACCCACAGUGUACAACAGCAUAGAUUCUGUGCAAAUACUGCUAGCAAGACUCCGCAUGCUUUUUGUAUGUGUUGGUAAUCCAGAUGAGCAAUUUCAGUACAUUACUCCAGUUGGCUCAGGAAUUAGUGAUGCAUUUACGAAUGAAAUACGCUGUUAUCGUGAAGGUGAUUAUGGUGCCACAAAGUGGGAUACCGGUUACACAUCAACUAUACGUUCCGUCAAAUGCCAAAUGCUUGUUCAGGGUAGUCGUUGCUCGUCUUGUGCAGAAGACCGACGAAUGUUGAGAAAAAGACAACAGAGAGCUGAUGAGAAGAAAAGUACACCACCUGUGACUUUUGUUCAUCGAACAUAUCAACAUAAACACAUGUCCAGAGAAAAUCUAGUGACCAAAAUUGAACAACAAAAAACCGAAAUGAGAACUCUGUCUUCAGAAGUAGAAAAAUUAAAAAGACAACUUCAUAAACAAAUAUUGCAAAAUGGUGUAACUUUCAACAAUCCCAGCGUAGAAAACAUUGAACUGAAAGACCUCAUGUCAACAUGUCAAAAUGACUUUGAACAAGCCUUUCCAAAUCCAAAUAGCCUCCAACGAUUGUUCUGGGAAAAGCAGAUCAAAUACAAUACAGCAGGAAAGAACGGCAUGCGUUGGCAUCCCAUGUUGAUAAGAUGGUGCUUGUUCAUGAGAAGCAAAAGUGCGAAGGCAUAUGAUUCUUUGAGGGACAGUGGUUUUAUAAAGCUACCAAGUACAAGAACACUCUUUGAUUACUCCCAUUAUACAAAGAGUGCUCUGGGUUUCCAACCAGAUGUGAUAAAGAUGUUACAUGAUGAAGCAAGCAAGUUGGCUAUGUAUGAAGACAACCAUAAAAGCUUUGUUGGUAUUUUAUUUGACGAAAUAAAGAUACAGGAGGAUUUAGUGUACGAUAAACACACUGGAGAAUUGAUAGGAUAUUUAUCUGGACUCCAUUGGCAAUGAAAUUCUAAACUUGGAAAAUCUUGUAGGAAACUGUAAAAAAUCUCAACUUGCAAAAUUUAUGUUAGUGAUUAUGGUGAGAGGUGUGACCAGUAACUUGAAAUUUCCCCUAGCUGGGUUCGCUACAAGCAGUAUUACUGCUGCUUUUUAUAUCCUAUCAUUUGGAAGGCCGUUUCAUUGGUAGAAUGUGUGGCAAAGUUAAAAGUUUUAUUUUGUACAUGUGACGGAGCAUCAGCCAACAGACGUUUUUUUCAACUUCACAAGAUAGAUAAUUCUGAGGAACCCGUAUAUUUCACCAUCAACCCACAUGACAACAGCAGGAAUUUGUAUUUUAUAUCAGAUGUCCCCCAUUUAAUUAAAACUGCCAGAAACUGUUUUAGCAACUCCUUCUCCCAUAAAAACACCAGACGACUAUGGAAAAAUGUAAAAGACAUCUCAUGGAUGCACAUUGUGAGACUGUUUGAGGAACACUGUGAGUUGCAACUAUAUAGUCCCUGUCCAAAGUUGACAAGGAGGCACAUUGACCUUACAGCAUUCACCUAUAUGAAGGUAAAUUUGGCCGCUCAAAUUUUAAGUGGUAGUGUGGCCAAUGCCUUAGAACAUUUGUAUGAUGACAGUGUGUCAGAAACUGUUUUGUUUAAUCGAAACUUCAAUAAAUUUUUCGAUUGCCUCAAUGUGAGAAAUUUGUUAGAAGGACGUAACAAAAGGAAUCCUGAUUUGGAACCCUUCACAGGAGGUGAUGAUCCUCGACUAAAUUGGUUAAAAUCAACAUUUUUGGAUUAUUUGAAGGAAUGGAAGCAGUCAAUCAUGCAAAGACCAAACCUGACACUUUCACAGAAAUUAUCUAUGCAACUAAGCGCACAAACUCUAGCCGGUGUAAAAAUCAGUAUAAAUUCUAUAACCGAAUGUGUGAAAUUUAUGUUGGACCAAGGAGCAGAUUUUGUAUUAACUUACAACUUCAACCAGGACCCCCUGGAACAGCAUUUCGGUCACUAUAGACACAAGGGAGGAGCCAAUAACAACCCCAGUGUUUAUGAAGUAAGAAAUACCAUGACACAGUUACGUGCUGAUGGAGCUCAAGCAUUGAAUCCCAAGCGUGGAAAUAUAACCAAUGUUAACAAUAAUGAAAAUGUUAUCGACAACACCAAACUACCACGAAAACGUUAAAUACAGAAUAUCUGAAAUCCAGUAGAGAUUAAGUAAAUGCUGCAAUGUAUAAAUGUAGAGAUCAUUGAAGAAAGACAACAUUUGUUAUGCUUAACAUAAACUUUAAUUGUAAGUCUAUGUAUCUAAAAUUGCAUUUUUUUUUUAAAUUUGAAAUGGCAACUCAUAAUCAUAUACAUAUCAUGUACAAGCACAUUGCAAAUGUGUGAUAACAACAAAGUUUAUGAACAUAUAGUAAUGAAAAGUCAAUAAAUAAGAAUAAGCACUGCGAUAAAUGUAACUGAUGUUUUUAACAUUUCACACAUAUAUAUAUACCCUGAAAUGAUACAGUUAAGUGAUAUGGUUUUCCUUCAAAACCUGUCUUAGGCUCAAAGACUUCUUUGAUGUGACUUUGUCUUUUAUCAUUUUGUUUCUAAUCACUUUGGCAGUAGAAAAACCACGGAUUGUCAGAAAUAGGUGAAUGAUGUCCUCCAAGAUUAAAACGUAGUUGUCAUAGUCAAUACCCACAAAAAUCUGCUCAGAGUAAUAUUUCACCAUAAAUGAUUCCAUAAUCAGUUCUUUUAAUUUAUCAUGUAGCAGGGAUUUAGCAUUUAGUUCUUGGUCUCCUAGAUGCUUCCUUACUACUGUUUCAAAUUCUCUGGUCAACAAAUAAAAGUUGUCAGACGGUAUUAUCAAACCACCUCUGUCUUUCUUCUCUGUCCAUUUGUUAUAUUUGCUUACAAAGGAAUCAGUGGUUGAUGUUGACUUCAGUUGCUCAAUGCAGUUG